AUGUCGCUCCCUUCGACCCAAGACACGAUCACCUCGCAAUUCGAGCCGCUCUUCGCACAGCUCGAACGCGAACGCGAACUCUCCGACUCGAUCCGCGAAAAAUCCAAAGAGCUCGACCGCCUCUAUCGCUCCCUCUCGUCCCUUCUCAACGGCGUCCACUCGACACAGGGCAGCGAAUUCAGUCGGAUCGUGGACCGCACGCUACCCCUCUGGUCGCAGGUCCGAGCGAAAGUAGGCGAGCUUGCGGACUUGAUACCGGACGACGGCUUCUACCGGUGGUGCGACGAGUUUUCGCAGCCGCUCAAGAACCUCGUUUCGAGCAUUGCGUUGAUCGUGCUGCUGACCACGGGCGGGCUCGUGACCAAGGCGCAAGCUUCCGACGUGCUGGGCUUGGCCAACGUGGAGGAGGGCGAGGUCCAUUUGGCGACUGAGGACUAUCUGCAUGCCUUGAUCAAUACGAUCAACGACCUGCCGAGGCUGGCGGUGAACAGCGUCACGCUCGGCGACUACAGGACGCCUGUGAGACUCGCGAGUUUCGUCAAGCAGCUGCAUUCCGCGUUCCAGCUGCUCAACCUCAAGAACGACUCCCUCAGAAAGCGGUUCGACAGUCUAAAGUACGAUGUGAAGAAGAUCGAAGAAAUCGUCUACGACAUCUCACUCCGCGGCCUCGUCAACGGUCCGGAUCAAGGCCAGGACGGCCUUGCUUUCCCACAGGGAGACCAACGGCAGCAGAGCAUUGUCGACCAACUAGCACACUCCGCCCCACCGACCACCACUUGA